AUGAAUAAAUACAAAGUACAUAGAAUGCUGGGCGAUGGGACCUAUGGUAGCGUUUUGCGAGGGCAGAACAAACACACAGGGGAAAUAAUCGCUAUCAAAAAGAUGAAGAAGAAAUACUACUCCUGGGAUGAGUGCAUGGCCUUGAGGGAAGUCAGAAGUCUACGGAAACUCACACAUCCCCACAUAGUACGACUAAAGGAGGUCAUUCGAGAGGCUGAUGAACUUCACUUGGUGUUCGAAUUCUUAGAGGGAAAUCUAUACCAACUCUUGAGGAAAAAAGAGAACGCCUUCCCAGAAGCCCAGGUUAGGCUGUACAUGUAUCAGACUAUAAUGGCAUUGGACUUCAUGCAUAAGCACGGCUACUUCCAUAGGGACCUCAAACCUGAGAAUUUACUGGUACUGUCACGGACCGUGGAAGACUUGCUCAAAUUGGCCGACUUCGGCCUGGCUCGAGAGAUCAGGUCGCGACCGCCCUUUACAGACUACGUCUCAACUAGAUGGUACCGAGCUCCGGAGGUCCUACUUAGAAACCCUUCUUAUAAUUCACCUGUGGAUCUCUGGGCAGCUGGGGGCAUCAUGGCAGAACUAUACACUGGUCGACCACUAUUUCCUGGCUCUUCUGAGACUGAUGAACUGUACAGGAUCUGCACAGUGAUCGGAACGCCAACGGCAGAGAUAUGGUCCGAGGGCUGUCGCCUAGCAUCACAAAUGGGGUAUCGCUUCCUCCCAUGUGAGCCUACUGACCUCACAGACUUGGUCCCGCCAGCCUCCAGAGAUGGUAUUGACUUCAUGAAAGCAGUACUGACUUGGGACCCCAGCAAACGUUGCUCUGGUACGGCGGAGGGCGGCCGUCGCAUCCCCUUGCCUGGCUUGCAUGCUGGGGUUGGGGAGCAGAUCCCUUCGAAUGGCUUGUGUAACCACGCCGGUAAAAACUUCAUUGAGGCUCUCACAGAUUCUCCGAAUAGAGCUGUAGUCUACAGCCUGUAG